AUGGCUAAGUUUAAUUAAAAGAGCUCUCCGGUUAUCAUGAGGGAUAAUUAAUCACAGGGGUUUGCGCCUAUGAGACACCUCGACUCCUAGAUCAAAAAGUCUUCGCAAAAUGAGGACAAAAUCUCCAAGUAGUGUCUUAUCUACGAUCAAGCCUGCCUUCUAAAAAUUUGACUCUCUAAAACUCUUUCUGAAAUCAAAAAUAAAAAAUAAAUGAGAGUCUUGUGGAGCAGUCGAUAUUUUCGGAGCCCACAAAACAUUUAAUUAGUAAUGGUGCACCUGUGAUUCUUGGGGGUUGGGGGUUGGCUUGUAGCUUUGUUGUGUGAGGGCAGAGGAGAGGAGCUCAAUUUCAGUGGAGAAGGGACUUUGGCUAGUGGGAAGAGUCACGCGAUUGAAGUGAGAUCAGCAAAGGAAAGGAUAUUGCAGUUUGUGGGUUGUUGAACAAGCGUGAGGGAUAGUUGGUUCUGUGGCUUGUGUGUAAGUACAAGGAGAGAGAGAAUACUAGUGAAUUGGUUUGGAAUGUGGUUUGUUGGUUCACUGACAAAGUGGUUAGUGGCCAUUUUGGUGGGUCAAGCAAGGAAGGCGAGCUUCUAUAUUGGACUGGGGAGUUUCAGCUUGAGAAGCUAAGGUUGAGGGAGACAGAGUGCGGGUUGGGUAGCUGAGAGAGGCCGGAAUUGGCUCCAAGUUCACCAAUGGAAGGUUCCCUGGCUCCUGGAGCAUGUCGACCAAUUGGCAGAGCGAGGACUUGCAAGUUGCAUGAGUUGUGCGUGAGGGAGAAGGAAGAUAUGAAGAGGAGGUAUGAGACACAAUUGGAGAAUGAUUUGAUGUGUAAGCAUUUCUAGUGCAUCCUUUUCGUUGCAAGUGUCAAAUAAUUUGUUGUGUGUGCAUCACUAGAAUUGAGAAUGAUAUUUCAAAGAUAAAAUAAAAGAGAGUAAAGACACCUAAAUUGACACCAUGACUAAUGAUGUGAUUAAUCUUCAACCAAUUCCAUGGAGAAAAGAGAGUCGAUCCAAUCCAUUGAAUUAUUAAAGUCACAUAUGCGGUAUAUUAAAAAGUGUUUCGUCGAUUAUUACCAAAUCACAAGUUCACUCACACUAUAUAAGGUCUCAAAAUAAGAUUUCCUCAUAUCAAGUAGCAACAAUCUCUUGUGGCAAAUCUAGGGAAUUAUUACUUUCCUCUCAAAAGCCACACAUCAUCAAGGAUGGGAAAAAGCUGAGUCUGAGGCUUUGGCUCUGAAACGGCAACUUGAAUCUGUCACAUUGCUGAAGCUUACCUCUGAGGAAAGAGCACUGCAUCUUGAUAGCGCUUUAAAGGAAUGCAUGAUACAGGCAAGGAAUGUGAAGGAAGAAAGCGAACAAAGAUUACAUGAUGUGAUCUUUACAAGGACAAAACAGUGGGAAAAGGUCAAGGCUGAGCUUGAAUCGAGAAUCAGUGUUUUUGAUCAAGAGCUACUAAAGGCCUCUGCUGAAAAUUCAGUUCUUUCAAGAGCACUUCAAGAACGAUCCAAUUUGCUAAAGAAAGUUAGCGAAGAAAAAUCUCAAGCUGAUGCUGAGAUUGAAGUACUGAAAGAUGAUUUACAAUCCUGUGAGAGAGAAAUAAGUUCAUUGAAAUAUGAACUUCAUGUUAUUUCCAAAGAGCUGGAGAUUCGCAAUGAAGAAAAGAACAUGAGUAUGAGAUCCGCAGAAGUUGCAAACAAACAGCACCAGGAAGAUGUAAAAAAGAUUACAAAGCUAGACGCUGAAUGUCAGCGGCUACGUGGUCUUGUUCGAAAGAAGCUGCCUGGACCCGCUGCAUUAGCUCAAAUGAAACAAGAAGUUGAAAAUGUAGGCCUGGAAUCUAGGGCAAGCAGACUGCGGAAGUCUUCUUCAAAGUGUUCUAGUCCACAUCAAAUGUUGCCUUCUGACUUCGCCCUUGAAAACAAUCAGCAGGUUCACAUGGAAAAUGAGCUCCUUUCUGCAAGAUUGUUGGUUAUGGAGGAAGAGAUGAAGUUACUUCAGGAAGCAUUAUCAAAGUGCAACGAUGAACUUAAAACUUCAAAAGAUAAUUGUGCUAAACAACCAAAUAAGCCUCGCCUGGUUCUAACCCAACAAAAGAAUUCUUCAAUACCAAACAUUGAUUUCUGCUUUGGAAAUGAAAGUAAACCACCGAGCUUGACCUCUUUGUCUGAAGAUGGCUUUAGAGAAGAAGUUAGUUCUUCCAAGUCGUGUCCUACGGCACUAUAUUCUGAGAUCUCACACUCUAAGAAAGAGAGAGACUAUGACACAGUUAACAAACCUGAGAACUCAAAUUAUUUGGAGCUUAUGGAUGACUUUUUAGAGAUGGAGAGAUUAGCAUGCUUAUCAAUAGAGACAAAUGGCAACAUGGACAUGUCUAUCCAUUUGGAAACUGAUAAACUGAGUCCAACUUUCUCGAGUCAUUCUGAGAAUAAUGGGUAUUCUAAUAUUCAGAAAUGUGCAGUUUCCGAAUUAUCAGAUUUGACUGCAGAACAUGCUUCUACUGAAAAUGAUUGUUUGCUUUUGGUCCUUAAAUCAAGAAUAAUUUCCCUAUUUGAGUCUCAAGCACACGACACUACUGCCAAAAAAAUUAUUGAGGAUAUAAGGCAUAUUAUUCAGGAUGCUCAGGAAGAUAAGUUCAAAGAGCAAACUGAAUCGAUUGAUGGCUUGGCUGAGCAAAAGCAUGGUCAUAAAGACCUUCAGGAAAUAACUGAUGAUGGGAAGUAUUUGAAUCAAGAUAGUAAUCUCUGCACUAAAAUAGCUUGUUCUUCUGAUCAGGAACUAAAAGAUGUCAUUUUCCAUAUAUAUGAAUUUGUUCUAACGCUGGUUAAAGGUGAUGCAGAAAUUCAAGAUAGUUCUAAUGAUUUGUUAAAUGUAGGAGACAAAAUUGAAAGAUUUUUAGCGUCUAUAGACAGUUUCAAGCGUAAUGAAGUAAGUUUAGAUGAUUUCAUUCGAUCCCUUUCUCGUAUAUUGCAUGAAAUCAUUGAUCUCGGUAAUAAAAUGCGGACAGUAAAAGGCAGUGAAGGUGAGGGUUAUGGUUCUGAUUGCAUUGACAAAGAGGCUUUGUUAGAGAAUAAAGCAGCUCAGCAUGAAGAAAGUUUACCAGAAGCAGUAGUUGCUCACACUUCCUUUAGUUCAGAAUUUGACAGCUUUCAAAUAAAAACCGCUUUACCGAUGUUGUCUCUUGAGAAUUUUGAUCAUCUAAAAGUUGAGAAAGUGAAAGUGGAGAUGGAUUUAGUUAGAUGCAAAGAAAUGCUGAGUCAAUCAAAUUUUACUUUAGUAGAUACUGAAAAACAAGUAUUAGAGCUUAAAUCAGAGCUGGCUUCUUGUCAGAAGUCAAACAGCUUGGUUGCAAUUCAGUUGAAAUGUAUGGCCGAGUCAUAUAAGAUACUUGAAUCACAGAAGGAGGAAUUUGAGGUUGAAAUAAGCCGUUUGCAUGCGAUGGUUGAAGCCUUGGAUAACGAGCUUCAAGAGGAAAGGCUUAGUCACCAAGAAGAUUUGGCCAAAUACAAUGAACUUCAAGAGCAGAUAGACAGGAAAUCAAAGUUUCCAGCUUGCACACUUCCUUCAAAUUCUGAUGGGACAAAGACCCAACAGGAAAUAGAUAUUGCGGCAGCUGCAGAUAAGCUCGCUGAAUGCCAGGAGACAAUUUUUCUUCUUGGCAAGCAACUUCAAGCAAUGCGUGAUCCUGCAGAACUACUGCAUGCUUGUCCAAGGCGCAGAAUACAACGGGACGAUCUUUCAUUAGAAGAAUCGGAUGGAGGUAACUCGAACUCUCCGGCGAUCUUUGGUACUAGGCUUUCAGAUCGAGGAGACCAAACAGCACAAAGAGCAGGUGAGUCCCCAUUACAUGGAUGCAACUCCCACACGAGCCCAUCGGACUCUGAAUCAAGCCCCUUCAGUAAAUCACCUGUAAAUACAAAUUACCAUAAACAAAAAACCCUCGGGUCAUCGUCUUCCUCGUCUUCAUUUAAUUCUGUGUCCGAGAGACAUAGGCAUGGAUUUGCCAGGUUCUUCUCCAAAGGUAACAUGGAUAAGUAAGGCAUACGAAAUAUUUUUUUUUUCCAGCGAUAACACGCUUAUACUGGAAUUUCUGAAUCAAAAUCUUCAGAAUCACAAGCUGCAUUUGAAUUACAGAAACUUUUGCCUUGAAGAAAUGUUUACCAUAUCCUGCACUGUGAAUGUUCUUGUAUGUUUGCAUGUUGCAGGAUUCCUUUUAUUGUGAGUUUUGCCACAUGAUAGAGAAUGCAUGAUAGCUACCAUUUUGUUUUGACGUUUUCGGUUUUACUGUACAGUUUUAUUUGGCA